CGGAGGAGGAGCUUGCGAAAAGUUUUGGGCUAAAAAAACCACCUUUUUGCUGCCGGCCGAGCCCGACGUCAGGGGCCGCUGUGCGCUGCGCGGGGCUCCGCACGCGGCCGCUACACAAAGACAGCAGCUCCGCUCCGCUCCCACCGCCCCGCGCCGCAGGCAGGAUGCAGGUCCGGGGCCUCCUCCUCCUCCUGGCACUGAUGCUGCUGGCUGCCACCACUGAGGCUGGCAAGAACAAGAAAGAGAAGGUGAAGAAGGAUGGCUCCGAGUGUGAGGACUGGCGCUGGGGACCCUGCGUCCCCAACAGCAAGGACUGUGGCCUGGGCUACCGUGAGGGAACUUGCAAAGAUGAGAGUAAGAAGCUCAAGUGCAAGAUCCCCUGCAACUGGAAGAAGAAGUUUGGAGCUGACUGCAAGUACAAAUUUGAGAGCUGGGGGGGGUGUAGUGCUCAGACGGGUGUGAAGACUCGCUCUGGCAUCUUGAAGAAAGCCCUGUACAAUGCCCAGUGCGAGGAGAUAGUCUAUGUGACCAAGCCCUGCUCUUCUAAGAUCAAGUCAAAGUCCAAAGCAAAGAAGAGCAAGGGAAAGGACUAGAGCAAGAAGCAGCAUCCUCGUCAGUCCUUCGACAUGGUGCCUAUGGGGCUGUAGCUGGCCCACAUUCCAAUCGUCCUUCUCCUCUCCUUUCUCCUUUCCAUGACCUCCUCUUUCACUGAGAUGCCUUGUUUUAUUUGCUAGUGUUGUAGAGAGCAAACCCAUCCAUUCUGCAGGAGGGGCUGCCCCCCUCCCUGCUGCCUCGCCACCAAUGCCGGUGCAUCCCACUCGCCUCCUCUCACCUAGGGUGGGCCUGUAGAGCUGGGAUGAAAACAUAUUUUUUCCACUGCCUGGCACAAAUGAGUUGCCUUUGGUGUAUCCUUUUGCAAGCCUAGGUGCCUCCUCGCUCCUCUUCUAGGUACCAGUGGCCAGAGGUGAGGGUUGGGUGUUGCAUGCCUGAGUAACCCCCUACACUCAUGCCCCUUCCUCACAUGAAGAGUGCUCUCAGCCCGGGGAACUUCUUUCAGCAUCCCUUUGUCCGGGGCAGGAGUUUUCUGCAGCAGCUCCGGAAAAAAAAAGCCACCAGUCCCAGGAACCACCACAUCCCCUCUCCUGCAUCACUUCUAACCAUGUGUGUGAGUGCUGGAACUGCAGCCCCUCUGCCUUCGAUGCACUGACAUUGGUGCUGGGUGGAAGCUCUCACUUCUUUUGGAAAAUGGGGUUUGUUUUCUUU